GACGCUCCCGAGCUGAAUCUCUGCGCCCCCGCGGCGGAGGAGCCCUGCGCCGAGUCGUGGAACGACGCGUACCCAGGGCUCCGGGACGUCGCGUGCAGGGCCGUGGGGAGCCAGUGGCCGCUGCAGGCCCUGGCGAACGCUGGCUCGAGCACCUCGGCGCGCUGCCCCCCGAGCGAGCGGGGCAGCUCCUCCCUGCAGGCGUGGAGCGAGGUCCGGAAGAGCAAGCGGGUAUCGGCCGCCACGCUGGUGCAUGUCGUCAUGGGGUGCAGCACCGUGGCAGUGCGCCGACGCGACAGGUUCCCGAACGACAAGUCGGAGCUGGCGUUCGUCGCGGGGCGCGCCCGGCAGUCGCUCCGGAACUGCGCGGUGGCGUGCACCCUCUUCCAGGUGUCCCUCGCCUUCGCCCUCUUCCAGGGAGGUUUCCGCGGGCUGGAUCACGAGGACCACCAGGCGGUGCGGGCCGUCUACGUGAUGAAGGUCGUGGCCAUCGGCUUAUUCGCGAUCCCGUCGCUUGCCAUCUGCCUCGGGUUCUCCAACAAGCUGGGCGCCGUGGGCAGCGAGAGGCUGGUGUCGAUCAUGUGCCUCUGCGGCUGCCUGACGGUGAUACUGUCGAAGCCCUCCUACAUGGCGCUGCUGCAGGGGCACGAUCCCAGCAAUCUCGUCGGGGCGACGUGGAGACGCGGAGAAGCGGAGACGGCCCUGACCUGCCUGAUGCUGGACACCGUGCUGACAGUCUCGCACCUCUACUUGCGAGUGCGCUGGUACUACCUCCUGGCGGCGGACUCCACUGUGCUGCUGCCUAUU